AUGCUGCCGUUGUUGUUGGCCGUACUCGUCGCGUCCGCCUCCGCGAUCAGUGAUGUCGUGACAUGUGGCAGCGUCGUCAAGUUACAGAGUCAAGGCGAGGGCUCCCGGCUUCACUCCCACGACGUCAAAUAUGGUAGUGGCAGCGGGCAACAAUCCGUGACGGCCGUCCCCAACUCUGACGAUAAUAAUUCACAUUGGCAACUUCUUGGAGCGUUUGGCGAGGCUUGCCCCCGAGGAACCGCAAUCAAAUGUGGCAAGUCGAUCCGGCUGCGACAUUUAACCACCGGCUGCUUCCUUCACAGCCAUCAUUUCCAAGCGCCGCUAUCAAAGAAUCAACAGGAGGUCUCCUGCUUCGGUGGGCCGAGUGAAACUGAUACCGGCGAUAAUUGGGAGGUUCAAUGCUCGGGUGAUCAAUGGGAAGAAUCGGAUGCUGUUAAGCUUCGUCACAAAGAUACUGGUGUUUACUUGUCUCUAUCCGGCCAGAAGUUCGGCCGUCCGAUCCACGGCCAACGAGAAGUCGUGGGAACGGCGAGCUCAAGCUCCCUGUCACACUGGGUUGCCGCUGAGGGAGUUUAUAUGGAUCUCAACGACGAAUCG